UAUUUCAUACCAUUUGCGGCAAAGGGAAUCAAUGGGCUGAUAGAAGAAGCAAUUCUUAAAGCGGACAGAUUGGGAGUCAAAGUUAUCAGCCUUGCUGCUCUCAAUAAGAAUGAAGCACUAAAUGGAGGAGGGACAUUGUUUGUGAACAAACAUCCAAACCUGAAGGUAAGGGUGGUGCACGGGAACACGCUCACGGCGGCGGUAAUACUUAACGACAUUCCAAAGGAUGUUACGGAGGUUUUCCUCACCGGAGCCACCUCCAAACUCGGCCGCGCCAUUGCUAUUUACCUUUGUCAACGCAGAGUCAAGGUUUUGAUGUUGACUCCGUCAGCAGAGAGAUUUCAAAAAAUCCAAAAGGAAGCCCUGCCUGAUUUCCAGAAAUACCUAGUGCACGUCACUAAAUACCACGCUGCCAAAAACUGCAAGACAUGGAUAGUUGGGAAGUGGAUCACAGUGAGAGAGCAAAAGUUUGCACCACCAGGAACUCAUUUCCACCAGUUCGUCGUCCCUCCCGUCUUGCCCUUCAGAAGAGACUGCACCUACGGCGACCUCGCCGCCAUGCGUCUCCCUCCCGACGUUCAGGGUCUCGGAACCUGCGAGUAUUCGAUGGAGAGGGGGGUGGUGCACGCGUGCCACGCGGGGGGAGUGGUGCAUUCGAUGGAAGGGUGGACCCACAACGAGGUCGGGGCGAUCGACGUGGACCGAAUCGACAUUGUUUGGGAAGCCGCUCUCAAACACGGACUCAAGCCUGUCUCCAACAACACUAGCUAGUACUAUUACUACUAGUAUAAUUAAAAGCAUGUGCUAAGCCUUUACUGGUUGU